UGUUGUGUGUGUACUGUGGGAGACUAGAUACAGCGAAUGCGGGGUCCGGGAAGAGCGGAUAUAGUGAAUGCGGGGUCCGGAGAGCGGAUAUAGUGAAUGCGGGGUCCGGGGGAGAGCGGAUAUAGUGAAUGCGGGGUCCGGGGAGAGCGGAUAUAGUGAAUGCGGGGUCCGGGGAGAGCGGAUAUAGUGAAUGCGGGGUCCGGGGAGAGCGGAUAUAGUGAAUGCGGGGUCCGGGGAGAGCGGAUAUAGUGAAUGCGGGGUCCGGGGAGA